GCGAUUUUUCGCCCCGAGCUCUCUACAGCGCCACCUGGCCAACGUUCCACUAUCGGGUCAUUCGAAUCAUGAGCGACGAAUCGGACGCUCCCUGUGCUUCCUUCGUCAGAUCUACGGAUCGUUACCCAAGAACACCUAAAUGUGCAAGAUGUAGAAAUCAUGGAGUUGUUUCGGCUUUAAAGGGACAUAAAAGAUUCUGCCGUUGGCGGGAUUGUAUGUGCGCUAAAUGUACUUUAAUUGCCGAACGUCAAAGAGUUAUGGCUGCCCAGGUAGCUCUUAGGAGGCAACAAGCCCAAGAGGAGAAUGAAGCUAGAGAAUUGGGUUUACUUUACGGUCCGAAUGGUUUACUAUCUUUAAAUUCAGAAAGCCUCCCGGUCCUAGAUGAAAGGGAUGUUAAAGCAGCAAAGUUAGCUUUGAGCAGGUCGGACAAGCAAAAAGCCGAAAGUUCAAGUGGCGAGUCGACAGUUGAAACGAAGAAAGUAAAACGAAGUGACGAUGGCGCGACGACGCCGACAAUGGUAUCUACGACCCCUCCGCCGCCACAAUCUCCGGCUAUGGGCGAUCAAGACGAUGAUAUAGAUGUUACAACGGACGACGCCUCGGAAGAGGAUGAGACACCGGAAGGAAAAUCUUUGGAUAUGCUUAGACGUCUCUUUCCGCUAAAAAGCACUGGUGAAUUAAGUAGAGCACUUCGUCAACAUCAAAACGACGCUUUAAAGUGCAUAGAAAUGCUACUUAAAGCGUCUCCUCAAAACGGUCAAAUUGGUGGACAAGAAACUCCGCAAGUCACGCUACCAAUUUUCUCUCAAUCUCCAUUUUUACCACCGGGUUUAGCGGCUUUCAAACCAACAUCAACGACUCCCAGAUUUUCUCCUCUGGUACCGCCAAGACCUUUCCCACUUCCGUACAGCCCCCUAUUACCAAGUUUUAUGAAUGGUUAUGCUAACAUCUUUCCUAAAGCUGGCUACAAUCCAUUUAACCCAGCAGAUAAUGCUAAAUAAAGAGUUUUAAUUAACUGUAUCAUGUAAUAAUAGUCCUAUAUGUCUAUAAUUGCUAGUCUUUUUUUGUACGUAUUUUGUCUCAAUUUCUCCAUUCCCUCUCUUUUUUCUCCAGCUUAUAACCUAUUAUAUUUUUUUUACCUAGUUGUUGAAUAAAAACCUAUUGUAUUCCAUU